GCACUGCUCUUGCAAAGGUAGGCGUAAGAAUAGGUCACCGGUUAUAAGUUCUUCCAACAGUUCCUCCAGCCCUGACUUGUGCAGAGUGCACCACAGGAAGAAGAGAACGUGCAGGUCUAGAAAGCACGGUCACAAGUGCAAGAGAGAUUCAUUGGACGCUUUGGAUCUUUCCUCCAGUUGUGAGUCAGAGGAACACUGCAAGGGGUAUUGGGUCACCACGCACAAGUCCUCUGGGCUUCCAAGCUAUAUUGGGGGACAUAGAACCUGGCACCAUCACUGUGCCUUUGGGGCUACUGCACCAUGCGGUGAGGAUGGGCUGGACGCCAGGUGGAGGGUUCGUGACUUCAAUUUUAGCGCACUGACCAGCCUCCAGGUGUCCGUCUGAAGAGGAAGGUAUGCACACGCAUCCUCAUUGGUGAGUUCAUGGAUUUAUUCUCUUUGCUUUCUCUGGUAUCUUCAUGCAGCACAAAAUUUAAGUCGGUGCCACGUCGUAAAAAAGACAAGGUGGUGGAUGUAGAAUGCACAUUUGAUAAUUGGAUGACUGCAUUCACCACUUACAUGGGGCUGGUGUCAACUGCCUAUCCAGCUGGCUAAUUACCAAAGCAUCAUUCUUAAGUCUAGAUACAUGGCAGGGGAGGCAGCGGCCUUUGCUUACGAUGAGGAUUUCCAUGCAAGGGCCUGCCAUUUUGUCACCCCCCUCAGUCAUGACACCUGGGGCAGACCGCACCCACCGCACCCCCCUUCCUACAACCUCUAUUUAACCAUCCAGUCAAAACCACUAAUGCUGUCAUUUCUGUAGGCGAGAAGGGGCUACUACAAGUGUUUAAGUCACAAGCCAUUUAGGACUUUAUAAACCGACAGAAGCACAUUGAAUCUAAUCCUGUAUCAUGCUGGCAGCCAGUGGAACUUUUAGACCCAUAAAGAAGGAUAGGUAUUCACAUACCUUAGGUGAUUUGUGUUAGGAUCCAAACCCAACUGACCCCAGACAACUGGCUCUCCCUUGUUAGAGGACUCUGCCUCAUGUCCCACUCAGGUACCAGAAUUUUUAUGCGUGGUCAAAAGAUGUAUUUAAACACAUUAUCCUAUGCUUACCCUAUGAAGAACAUAUGGUAGGAAUAAUUAGUCAGGUUAUAUAGAUCUGUUUGCACUACUUCUGCUCCCAGGGCUCCAUGUGUCCCAACUUUGCUGGCUCCAUCCCUAAUGGAGGGUCGUUCUUCACACAUUCACCUGAAUAUGCUCAGAAGCCUCUCAAUGAUCAGGGAUCCUGUGUAAUGGGAGCUCCUGGUUGUGGGGUGGAUUCCAAGUAUGCUCAGCUAAACACAUGAGAAGUCCCCAUUCAUAUCUUCCACCAAACAUGCAGACAUUUUGGGCUGCAGCCCAGCGAGGCAAGGACACUGGCAUGCGUCUAGUGGGUACAGCCCCAUUCCUCAUCACAUUUUUAGAGGAAUGCCUGAAUAGGAAUGAAAUCUGCAUCAGAACCACUGUUAUUCAGCUGCAAUUUGGAUAGCUACAAUAUAUGAAGCCCCCUUUUCACUUCUGUGCCUUCUCACCUUGAACCGAACCAUAUAAUAAUAACGAUAAUAAUAAACUAACCUGUAUGCAAGAUGCAAUGUGCUCAUAUUGCAUUAUUGACUCCUAACUCAUAAGCAUUCAGAUUGAAGUUUGCUAGUAAACGAAGUUUAUUUUGGUAUUUGGCAAAAUAUGUUGAAGUAAUUUCACCCUAUUAAGUUGGUGGGCAGGUUGUAUUAAUAUUAUAGCAGCAUGUUAUAGCCAGUGCCUAUUUAAAAGCUGCAAAAAUACGAUAGUUGGAGAAGGUUGCUUACCUUAUCACUAAUUAUCUGAUUUCACACCAUCCUCAAAUGUGCCCUAGUUUGACCUCCAAUUCCUCUUGAGAACUGCAAGAGAUGGUUUGUAGAGGAAAAGCUGUAACUUUCUAACAGUACUGGGUCAGAAAUGACUUUAUUCUUCAUCUAGUCCAGUAGGUCUCAUGAGAUGAGCUAGGCUUCCCUAGAGAGAUACAUACAUACAUACAUACAUUUUGAUGUAUUUUAAUAUUCUUUUGGAAGCUGCCCAGAGUGGCUGGGAAGCCCAACCAGAUGGGCGGGGUAUAAAUAAUAAAUUAUUAUUAUUAUUAUUAUUAUUAUUAUUAUACUUUACAAUCAAUUCCUAGGUCUGCAAAGAAGCACAGCAGCAACCUAUCACUUUUCAGUGAGCCCAAAACAUAGAUAGUUCUUUUCAGUCCUUAUGCUGAACAACUCCAGGCACGCCUGGAAGAAGCAGACCAUUUGGAUCCCUUCCAGUCGGGAUUCAGGCCUCAUCAUGGGACUGAAACUGCCUUGGUCGCACUGGUUGAUGAUCUCCGGCGGGCUAGGGACAAAGGUGAGAGCUGUUUCCUAGUUCUGCUGGAUCUCUCAGCGGCGUUUGAUACCAUCGACCAUAACAUCCUUCUGGACCGUCUUGAGGGGCUGGGAGCUGGGGGCACUGUUAUACAGUGGUUCCGCUCCUUCCUCCUGGGCCGUGUUCAGAAAGUGGUGGUGGGGGAUGAGUGUUCAGACCCCUGGGCCCUCACUUGUGGGGUGCCUCAGGGUUCUGUCCUCCCCCCAUGCUUUUCAACAUCUACAUGAAGCCGCUGGGAGAGAUCAUCAGGGGAUUUGGGCUGGGUGUUCAUCAGUAUGCAGAUGAUACCCAGCUCUACCUCUCUUUCAAAUCAGAACCAGUGAAGGCAGUGAAGGUCCUGUGUGAGUGCCUGGAGGCGGUUGGAGGUUGGAUGGCGGCUAACAGAUUGAGGUUGAAUCCUGACAAGACAGAAGUACUGUUUUGGGGGACAGGAGGCGGGCAGGUGUGGAGGAUUCCCUGGUCCUGAAUGGGGUAACUGUGCCCCUGAAGGACCAGGUGCGCAGCCUGGGAGUCAUUUUGGACUCACAGCUGUCCAUGGAGGCACAGGUCAAAUCUGUGUCCAGGGCAGCUGUUUACCAGCUCCAUCUGGUACGCAGGCUGAGACCCUAUCUGCCUGUGGACUGCCUCGCCAGAGUGGUGCAUGCUCUGGUUAUCUCCCGCUUGGAUUACUGCAAUGCGCUCUACGUGGGGCUACCUUUGAAGGUGACCCGGAAACUACAACUAAUCCAGACCGCGGCAGCUAGACUGGUGACUGGGAGCGGCCGCAGAGACCACAUAACACCGGUCUUGAAAGACCUACAUUGGCUCCCAGUACGUUUCCGAGCACAAUUCAAAGUGUUGGUGCUGACCUUUAAAGCCCUAAACGGCCUUGGUCCAGUAUAUCUGAAGGAGCGUCUCCACCCCCAUCGUUCUACCCGGACACUGAGGUCCAGCACUGAGGGCCUUCUGGCGGUUCCCUCACUGCGAGAAGCCAAGUUAGAGGGAACCAGGCAGAGGGCCUUCUCGGUAGUGGCGCCUUCCCUGUGGAACACCCUCCCACCAGAUGUCAAAGAGAACAACAACUACCAGGCUUUUAGAAGACAUCUGAAGGCAGCCCUGUUUCGGGAAGCUUUUAAUGUUUGAUAUAUUAUAGUAUUUUAAUAUUCUUUUGGAAGCCGCCCAGAGUGGCCGGGGAAGCCCAGCCAGAUGGGCGGGGUAUAAAUAAUAAAUUAUUAUUAUUAUUAUUCUUUCAUGAAUGGCUUUGGCCCUGUAUACCCGGAGGAGUGUCUCCACCCCCAUCAUUCUGCCCAGAUACUGAGGUCCAGCUCUGAGGGUCUUCUGGCUGUUGCAUCACUAUGAGAAGUGAGGUUUCAGAGAACCAGGCAGAGGGCCUUCUCAGUAGUGGCACCCACCCUGUGGAACGCCCUCCUAUCAGAUGCCAAGGAAAUAAACAACUAUCUGACUUUUAGAAGACAUCUGAAGGCAACCCUGUUUAGGGAAGUUUUUAAUGUUUAAUGUUUUAUUGUGUUUUUAAUAUUCUGUCAGGAGCCACCCACCGUGGCUGGGGCAACCCAGUCAGAUGGGUGACAUACAAUUAAUUAUUAUUAUUAUUAUUAUUAUUAUUAUUAUUAUUAUUAUUGUUAUUAUUAUUAUUACUACUGCAGUGACUGUGUCCCACAUGGCUCCCAGCCCUGCAAAAGGAAGUGCAGGGUAUCUUUCCAGGAAGGCUUUUUUAAAGGGAAAUUCCCUUAUUCCAAAUAGGAUUCCUCGCAAGAAAAGGGAAAAGUUGACAGCUAUGCCUCUUACCCCUGUCUGUUUCAUUGGCUCACCACCUAAUAGUUGCUGCCUGCCCCAAAGCCAGGUUAGGACAACUGCUAAGGAGACACGUGAUUGGAAUACAGCAUCAAAAUCACCACACCAAGUAUGUAGCAGGAUCAGGAGCUGUGAUGGGGAGCAGAGCCAACUACUAGAUGGUUUCUUUGGGAAACCUGUUUUCUCCGCAAAGUGCUACAAGCAUUGCUGGCACUAUUUCUAAUAAUAUUAAUAAUAGGCUGAUACCAAUGAGCACAUAAGAAAAGAGCAGCAGCAAGGUAGGAAACAAAUAUUAAUUAAUAUAGAGAAAGAAGGGUAAUAGAGGAUUAAACAAAGUUUAAGAUACUGGAAUUCUUUGCUAUGUAAAGUGUAGACAUCAAAUGGAGUAAAUUAGUGGUUCAGAGGAAUAAUUAUGCUAAUACAGCUCUGCUCUGAAAGGUGGUAAUAAGUCUAAUUUUCCAGGCAAUAGGCAAUUUGACUUCUAAUUAUUUCAUUUAUAUUACAGUACAUACACUGUACUAUGAAUCAUUUAAACCAUAUCUUGCCUUUUGAUUUCACCCACAGCAGCCCAUGUAUGUGUGUGGUGAGGAGGAGGAGGAAUCGCAAAUCGAUGACACCAGCUUAGGUAAGUUUUAAUUUCAAGAAACACAACAUAAAAGUACCAUCAGUGUGUUGAGAACAAAGGGACAUGAUUUCUCUGCAUUUCAUUGUUGUAGGGUUGCCAUAUUUUGCAACGUGAAACUUCAGACCUUUUUCUUUUUGGCAAAGUUGUUUAGCUUUUUUGCCCAAAGUUGAGAGUUGUUGCCCAGACGCUGUUUACAAGGGCUGAAGACCAGCUAUGGCUGGGAAAUUUUGAAGGUUUGGCAACCCUAUUGCAGACUUGAAUUUUGGGGAUCAUUUAAUAGAAUUCUUUUUGAGGUUUGCUACAUUUUGCUGGGUUUGGAAAUCAUUUUUUUGGCUGCCCCCUGCACCAGAUGUGAAAUUUUCCCUGGGCAAACCGCUCUGUGGCAUUUCCUGUCUAGCCUGCUAAAUCAUUUCUAUAGAGGCAUUUGUUGCUGGGAGGGGAAAUCUGCUGUAUCUGUCAUGAACAAUACUCUGGGUGCAGGUGAAAUAUGGAACAUGCUUCCAGAAACAGAUAGAAAGGAGAUGUAGUACAAGCUCCAUAUGGGGAUGCACAACAGCUGCUUUCCUAAACUCUUAAGCUGGUUGUCACAGGAGGUUUAGAGAAUGAUAGUCCAUCUCCUUUACUGUUUUAGGCUUCUAGCUCAGUCUGGCAGCAGUUAUCCAAUGACCGAACACCUGAUCUGUUACCAGAUCAGUUUAACUGGAAAUGUCAGCAGCGGAACCAGGGACCUUCUACAUGUGAAACAUGUGGUCUGCCACUGAGACAUAGUCCCUCCCCAAUGGUCUGCAGAACCCCUAAGCAUGUACAGUCUAUUUUCAGAGUGCCUGAUAACUUGUACAAAACUUACACAUACCCCCCAACAUUUCUCCAAUGAAAAUAGGGACGUCCCGUUCCAUACUUAUAAUUUUACUAUUUAUGCCCUACACAUCUUACUGGGUUGCCGCAGCCACUCUGGGCAGCUUCAAACAUAUAUAAAAACACAAAAAAUCCUUCCCUAUACAGGUUUGCCUUCAGAUGGCUUGGGGAUUGGAUAAAUUUCAUGGCAUACAUACUUAUGGGAUUUAUGUGUUAGUUGCUCUCUUGAGAACAACAAUACUUGAGUGAAAGCAUCCUGGAAAAUCAGCUGGUGCACAUAGAAAGAAAAAUUUUCAGAAACACGAGUUCUUUAGCAUUGUUUAGAACAAAGAUACACCUUGAUAACAUUGGGGUGUUUGUGGAGUUUGCAUUAGUGGUGUCAUGGAUUAGAUUGGCAGGGAUGAAUGGUAUCGGGAAACAGAGAAGAAGAAGAAGAAGAAGAAGAAGAAGAAGAAGAAGAAGAAGAAGAAGAAGGGGGGGAGGAGGAGGAGGAGGAGGAGGAGGAGUUUGGACUUGAUAUCCCGCCUUUCACUCCCCUUAAGGAGUCUCAAAGCAGCUAACAAUCCCCUUUCCCUUCCUCCCGCACAACAAACACUCUGUGAGGUGAGUGAGGCUGAGAGACUUCAGAGAAGUGUGACUAGCCCAAGGUCACCCAGCAGCUGCAUGUGGAGGAGCGGGGAAGCGAACCCGGUUCACCAGAUUAUGAGUCCACUGCUCUUAACCACUACACCACGUUGGCAGUUUAGGGUCAGUAAAGCUGCAGUGUAGGGGUACACCUGUCUGUUGACCACCUUCUGCAGUUGGUUUUUCUCUCGGUUUGAUUUUUGAGGCUCCCUCUCUUCUCUAGCUCCCUCUAAUUGUGAACUCAGAUGUCAAGGGCUGAUAGAGUCAAAUAAGGGAUGCACAGGAACAACAGGGGGAUUUCACUAGGUUCAGAAGAACGCUAAAGUUUGCCAAAAAGGGGGGGGGGAGUGUGUAUGUGUGUGUGUGUGUGUGUGUGUGUGUGUGUGUGUGUGUACACAGAUGCCCUAAGGGGACAUUCCUCCCCAACAGCCCAAUGAACAUGUCACUAGCAACAAAAUGUUGAUAUCACUGGGGGGGAAGGGACCCUGAAAAUAGGGUGGUGACAGCCAAGUAGAAUGAAAUGUCCUGGGGAAGGAGAUGACUGGAACAGAAAGUGAGGACUAGAGAUGCAGGGUGAUUAAUUAAGUUUGCUUUUAAAGGUAAAUUUACCAAAUUUGUACUUUCCAAAACAACAUGUGAGCUGAAACACAAGCAUCCUUCAAGAUCUGAUUUUUUUUUACUUUAGCAGGACAAUUCUCCAGCCCAGAAAUGUGCAACAAAAUGCACAUAUUAAAGUGUAAAUUAAAAAGUUUGUAUUUGUGAAUAUAGCAUAAGAAAAAUCAUAUUAAGGGGGGGGAUAUUUGCCAAAAUGUGUAAUUAGGAAGAAAUGCAUAGGGAAAUGCACUAAAAUUCACACAAAAAAUGCUCAUAAGUUUUUAUGAUUUUUUUUAUUUAAAAAAGCAUAUUGCUUAAAAAUGUGGAGAACUAUAUUUAUGACUAGAAAAAUGAGUAAUGGGUUUAGCAAAAUGGACUGAUCUCUGUAUAACCAAUGAGGAUGUGCAGCAGAUGAUAUAAUAUAAUUAUAUAAUUGUAGACUUGGAAGGGUCUAUGAAAGUCAUUUAGCCCAACACCUGCAACACAGGAAUCUUUUACCCAAGUGGGGCUGGAACCCAUGAACCAGGGAUUAAGAGUCUCAUGUUCUACGAACUGAGAAAUUAUUUGACUGGGAAGCUUCAAAAAAUAAUAAUGUAGUCUUCACAGUCAGAGUGGCCCCAAUUUGAUCAAGGGACAAUUGCUAUCCUGCAAGCAGUCUCGCAUCAAAAUGUGGCCCCACACAGUACCUCUGAAACGCUUUGCCAAUCCUUUCCCUCUGCCCUUGCCCAAUAUAGCAGGUGGCCGACAGAGCUAUCUCCUUAGUGGUGGGGAUCAGGAGUGGGAUGCCAGCAUCCCUAAGAAAACAUUUAUAUUUUAAGACAUAAAAAUAAAAUUGUAAUGGGAAAUAAGCAAAGUAUGAUCCAUCUCAUGCAGACAUCAGGGAGUUUAAAUAAAUAUACAUUGACAAUCUAUAUUUAAUGUUUCUGGAAUAAUAAAGUUGAACAUUUGGGGAGGAGCUGAGAGUGCUAAUGGCAUCUGUAUUAUACGAAACUGACAGGUAAGUGAUUCAGUGUCCUGAAAAGAAAAGCCAUUAACUCUUAUAUGUAUUCAAUAAAAGUACCUCUUCCACGUCUGCAUACUAAGGGCUUUUAAAUCCUUCUGUUUGGGUGGUUUUCAACCAUCUUGGGAAAUGGUUGUCGCCAGAAAUGCACUCAACAUUGUUUAUUUUAUAUCUCAUCGCUUCCUGAGUCAUAAAAAACAAUAAAAACAAUAUUAAAUCAUAAAUACACUUGUAUGCUUUGAAAUCUACUCUGUAAGUUACAGGAAGGAGGAAAGGCUUUGACUGCAUUCCUCAACUGUUGUGAAUUGUACCAAAUGUUGUGUACCAAAUGUUACUUGACUGCAUGGCUACUCCUGUAAUGCCAAGGUUGUCCAUUUUCCACAUAGGAUGUAAGAAGACUGUUUUCUGUUCUGCCUUGUAUUUGACAUACAGUGGUACCUCUGGUUAAGAACUUAAUUUGGUCCGGAGGUCCAUUCUUAACCUGAAACUGUUCUUAACCUGAGGUACCACUUUAGCUAAUGGGGUCUCCCGCUGCCGCCGCACCACAGCCACAUGAUUUCUGUUCUCAUCCUGAGGUAAAGUUCUUAACCCGAGGUACUACUUCCAGGUUAGCGGAGUCUGUAACCUGAAGCGUUUGUAACCCGAAGUGUUUGUAACCCAAGGUACCACUCUAUGCAGCACUACUUCUGUUCGACUGCAGUUCAUCUUUCACCCAAAACCACUACUCAUCUCUCUGUUCACUGUGGGAAAAUAGGGAAAUUACAUUGUCAUUAUUGUUGCAAAAGUUGGGUGCCAGCCCCACUCUCUGCCAAGCGAUAGCAAGAUCCCAGGGGGUUCCAGGCAUUCCCCUAGGGUCUGUGUUCCUUUGGAGAAUUAAGGCACAGCAGAGACUGUCGUAGCUUUAAAAAAUAUGGUUAUUCAUCUGUGCAGUCUGCAUGGAGGCAGUCCAUAUUUUACAGCAUGGUCAUUUCAAGAGGAGGUUGUACCCCACAAUAGUGAAGCCCUGGAGUCCAGGGCAUCUCUCCCAGUUAUUCUUCAGCCAGCCUGCCCAAGAUGGAUGCCAGUCUUUUUUCUCUCCCUUCUUCUUCCCAGAACACCCUGCUAAAAGCUUUCUUUUCCUGUUGCCUCACACCCAGUUAGACUGGCAACCUUCCAAAUCUCUGUUCAUACCUCAGGGCAAAGAGGGAGGACAGUCCCCUUGCAUUGCCAAUGGCUCUCAAUGUCCCUGUAUUGUUUCUUAAUGGCCCUAGCUUGGCCAGGUCAUUUUGCAUAGGCUAGCCCAGAAAUUCCUCUGCAGAUUGUAUUUCUCCCUUCACAUCCCAAAUAAUCAAAAUCCUACCAUUUAUUUCUAGGGUUUAGGGGGGAGGGUACACCCCGAAUCUAUAGCACCAUAUUACUCUACCCCAUUCAUUUCAGUGCAGGGGGGGUGCAGAACGCAGAUCCAGGGUUUGGUGGUGGUGAAUAAUCUAUUACAUAUUUUUUGCGCCUCAAAAGCACCAGCAGAAGUGAAUGCAAAUCCUAUUCACAGAACUGAUUUCUGCCCCAGAUGUAGGACCAAUUAAGCAAACACCAGCAAUUUCCUCCCUGGUGUCUGUUUUUGUUGAAAUUCUCCUACAUCGCUACUUCCUAGUUUGAAUUUGUAGACACUUGAGUUCUUGUAGCACUCAUCUGAGGCUCCAUUUUUGUGAAAGGGUAAAUGGUUAGCGAAUAACUUUCCUUUGUGAGCUCCCAGACAAAUCUAUUGGCUGCUGUUUGGAAGAAGCAGCUGGAAUGGGUGGUCUAGCAAGACAAGUUCUUGAUGGGGUUCUUAUUACAGCUUCAGCCUUAUCUAAUUCCCCCCAGUGAAAUAAAAUGCAUGCUUUACAAAAUGCAUGCCUUCCUGUUCUUGAAGAAAGGUUCUCAUUUUGUUUUCAUUUUAACUUACCGUGUUUUUAUUUUUACCUUCAAAAGUUCCACCUUUGAGUCACUAAAUCUGCCCUAGAUAUUCAGUAAUGACAGCCAUUGCUGCUUGCAUCUGUAAUAGGACAGGAGAGUGAUUGGUAGAAUAAGUGAAUCCUCCCAUGUUAUUUCUCCCGCAUCAUAAAACUUGUGCCUGAUAUAUUAAUAUCCGCCAGCUGAAGCCCUUAUGAAUAACCUUUCCCCAUCUCCUCUCACCUACAAAUAAAUGAGAUUAUGCAGAGUGAUGGUAGGUCUCUUGCAGCUCACGCAAAGCAUUUAGCCAAAAAGCCUAGGCACAAUAUUGACACAUUCCUUGUGCAUGGUAUAAUUUCAAAAGUUUGACUAUUCCCGUCUCUCUUUUUGAUAGUACAGCUACAGUGCACACAAUGCGCAUUAAAUGUCAAGGCCCUUAAUUCAGAAAGCAGGUUAAGGUGUCAUCAUGUUCCAUUUGCUGAAAGGUGCUUUAAAAAAUACAGGCACCAGUCAGAAAAUUAACACACUCUUGAAUGGAAGGCUGUGGGAAUUGUUAUUUCUCCCGCCCACCCAAUUUCAGUGGUUAUAAAAGACAGUUCUUUACUCGGCCGAACAUAGCUGGGAUUUCGCUCUUUUAUUUACCAGUCACAUGACUUCUGGAGUUCCUUUCCUCUCUUGUGUGCAUUCCAGUGGAUAAAAGGUAAAGGGACCCCUGACCAUUAGGUCCAGUUGUGGCCAACUCUGGGGUUGCGGUGCUCAUCUCACUUUAUUGGCCGAGGGAGCAGGCAUACAGCUUACAAGUCAUGUGGCCAGCAUGACUAAACCGCUUCUGGUGAACCAGAGCAGCGCACGGAAAUGCCGUUUACCUUCCCACAGGAGCAGUACCUAUUUAUCUACUUGCACUUUGAUGUGCUUUCAAACUGCUAGGUUGGCAGGAGCAGGGACCGAGCAACGGGAGCUCACCCUGUCGCGGGGAUUCGAACCGCCGACCUUCUGAUCGGCAAGUCCUAGGUUCUGUGGUUUAACCCACAGUGCCACCCGCGUCCCAUAAUUCCAGUGGAUGGAUUGCUGCAAACAUAUUUUAUCUGACAGAAGAAAUAUGUAAUUGUAUUUAUUUGCUACGUUUUUAUCUCAACUUUUCUGCAAGGCACACUCCAAGACAGUGCACAUGUUCUCCCCUUCCACGUCUUAUCCAUACAGCACUCCUGAAAGGCUCCUCAACCUGGUCUGAGGUUCCCCACCCUAAACUACUUGGUCUGGCAGUUUCAACUUCUUCUUGAUCCAUAUUCCUCCCUCCUCUCCCACCUUGCUUUUCUCCAAGAAGUUAGAGCCUCCAGAAGCACUGACUGUUGCUUCCAUCAUCACGUUCUAUUCCCUAAACUAAAAGCUGCCAUGGUUUAAUGGCGGUCAGUUCCCCCUUGCUGCCACAGGUGCAUUAAUGGACUUCCUUGGAAGGUGGUGGGCUCUCCUUCAUUGGAGGUUUUUAAUUAGAGGUCUAGUGGGUACCUGUCAGGGAUUCCUUAGCUGUGAUUCCUGCAUUGCAUGGGGUUGGACUAGGUGACACUUGAAAGGUACUGUGGUGUUUGCCUCCUAGGAUGGGUCAUAAGGAAAGGGUUAAAAUGGGUGUGAUGUGAUUGGCCAGUGAGAAUGCUAGGGGGGAGUAAAAGUUAGAGUGGGAAGGUUUGAAAAUCAGUUGAGGUUUGGGAGUUGAGAGUUGAGGUUUGGGAAUUGGAGAAGGAAGAGGGAGGAAUAGGCAGUGGGUUGGUCAAGUUGUAUUGUGAGAGAGUGAGAGGAAUUGUUAGGUUGAGUCAGAUGGAUAGUUGGAAUAAUCAGUUUGGAGUUGUUAGGAACUAAGAUUGACAAGAGAAAAAUAAACUGAAACCAUACACUUGUUCCUGCCUUUGAAAAUGAACUUCGUUAUUUGUUAAUGUUAACAACUGUCUUGACUCCGUGUGUCCCCGUGAGAAAAGGGGUGGUGGCAGUGAAGAAAGCAAUCACAGUGGUGGCACAGGGUCAAUAGAUCAUCAAACGUCCGGGGGCCCUGUGUGAUCGCCACAGGUACUUUCCCACUUUAUGAUUCUAUGACUCCACGUGAUUCCUGUUAAGUAUAAUUGUUUAAUCACACACAAAAACGGAAAGUGCUUCUUUGUGUAUUGCUAAGGGUUUAACAUUGGAAAAUUCAAUUGGGGUAUGCUAAAGCAAAGUAAAGCAUCUAAAUGGGUUACCUGUUGGUGCUCUCUGCUAGCUGACAUGUGGUGUUUAACCUUAGAUCAUACAAGUGAAGUAUUUAGUUGAAUAUCACGAUUUUGAAGGGAGUUGCCUUUGGUCUUUUGUUCCCAGCCACAGUGGGAGAAAGAUGUGCUAAUGAAGUCUCUCUGAAAGGGAGAGAAAUCAGCCUGAUCUAAUCUGAUCUGCUGGUGACAUUGUCUGCAAACUGUUAUCUAUAGCAGUCUCACUGCUACAGGUACAUUUUUGUCCAUCCUAUCUGGUUAUGGCUCAGUAAAGUUAGCCAAGCUGAGCCUGAAUUCAGCCUGCUUUAUCCAGUCACUUCUGCUAACAUUAGAAAGGAUUACAAUGUCUUCUCUAGAGUGGUCCAAUUGUUCUUCUGCUCAUCUAUAAUGGAUACAACAGUGAAUGCGUUUUGGAUUUGGUUGGCUGUCAAGAUCAAAUAAUUGUCAGCAUCGAACAGCUUCACAGUAACGUGGGGUUUGGUUGAUGUAAAUUGAGACACUACUUAGAUGAUUAUUAAUUCAGUGAUUUAAGUAAUCUCAAAGAAGAUUUAAAGGCAAGUCUAUCAAAUUCACACUUUCUGAGAUGAUGAGAGAACCAAAACACAGCCAUCCCUUGAAAUCUGAACUUAGCUGAAUUUUGAAAUGCAGUUCUCCAACAGGGUUGCCAUAUUUCAAAUAGUGAAAAUCCGGACACUGCUUUGAGCUUUUGUGGGCAAAGUUGUUGAGCUCUUUUGGCAAAAUCACAAAAAAUAAUAAAUGAAGUUUUGGAGCUAUUUUUAAAAAGCAAAGAAGACACUUGCGAUUUCCGCCCAGACACUGCAGUAUUCCAGCUAUUUUCCAGUGAAACAGUGUUUAUGAAAAUGCAUAUAUUACACAGAAGUGUGCAUAAACAUACUGAAAAUAUUGAAAAAUAAGAAAUUGCUUGUAAAUAUGUGUACAUUGAUCAAAGCUGCAUGCAAAAAACAUGUGUUUUGGACUGAAAUGCUGAAGAAUUGUCUUUAGGACUUUUUAAAAACAUAAUUGCAGAUUGCUGCAGAGCUGAAUUUAAGAUUUGAAAAACAACAAAGUGAGAGAGCCUUUCAUUCCUAGCUGGACUACAACUCCCAUCAUCUCUAACCAUUCACUCUGCUGGCUGGAGCUGAUGGAAACAAUAGUCUAACAAGAUUCCGAGGGCAUCAGUUUGGGGACAUAUUGUGUAGAUCAUGCCAUGCUGCAGAAUACUAUGUACAAGUAGGUCCUAUUGAGUUGAAUUGGAGCUGACUUCCAAGUAGGUGUGUCUAGAAAUGCAAUCUUAACCACUCAAUAAGCAGUGGCAGAACGUGAGGGGAGAAACUCAUUACAUAUUUCCAUUUGCUAAAACCUGAAACAUGCUCACCAGCAAGGAAGUGGAUGUUUUCAAGCAGUCUGAUGAAUGUUCAUGGUUGAAUGGACUAUUUUUAUAGAAUAGUAAUUGAUAAUAUGUUUCCUGCUAAUUCCGUUAUUUAAUUUAAGUUAAUUUGGAUAUGCAGAAAAUAUUCAAAAUAAAUUUAAGGAACCGCAGAAAGAGGGGGAAGGGAGUCAAGUUUUGAAAUGUUAAAAUGAUUGUAAAAUAAGUGAACUAUAUAAACCUGAAAAGCAUAAAUAUAAAUUAAAAAACAAACAAACUCAGUUUUAUUUUUAUUUUUCUUAAAAACUUUUACAUCCAUGGUUGAUUUCUCCAUAUAGGGGCUGUGUUAAUUAGUCAAUAAUAAAUAAUUUCUAGAUCUCUUUCCUAUGAUAAAUCAGGACGACUUCUUUUUUUGCCCCAAUGGAAUGGCACUUCUUUUUUUCUUCAAUGAAAUUAGGUUACUGAGAUCUAACCAAAAAUCCCAUAAGUCACCUUCUCUGUCUCUCUUCAUAACAGGCAGACGGGGAGAUACUAAUUUUCAGUUGAAACCAAAAUCCUCAUGUGGCUGCUCAGCUCUUUCAUCAUUUUCAGACGUCUGUUUUCCUCUCAAGGCCACACCAGGAUCAAAACAACAGUCAGCUUUUAUGGUUCUUAGAUGGCCAACUGCUAUACAGAUUCCCCAAAAAGUUUCAUCCCAGGCAAUAUAGUUGCCUUCCUGCUUCCUUCCGUAUGGCAUGGCCAAAUUAGCCACUUCAUCUCAGUCUUGUGGCAAUUUAAACAGCCUGCAGGGACAAAAAUCCACUGCUGGGGUGAAGGCACCCCCCCUCCGCUGCAGAGGACCACCUUGCCCUAAAGGGUCUCCUGCAAGGGUGGGCUUCCCUCUUGCCCUGAUUGCUUUUGUUCAUCCCAUCACAGAGGUGCUAACUUGAAAGGGAAAUUGGGGUGAUGAUGUGCCUGUAACACCGUGCAUGCAAAUUCAGGACCUUGGGAGGAUGCGGUGGCAACACAGCUUAAUGAUCUCAGGCAGGCAAGCAAGCCCCAGUAAGAAGUAACGACUCUCUGGUAGUUUUAUGUUACAGUUAUUUACAAAAACACAUCCAGAGCAUGGCUUCUCACCUGCUCACAUCGACGAGAGUUGGUCAGUCUGAAUCUUCACCCCUUUCACAGCAGGAAGGAUGCCAAAUCACCACCUUCCCCUCUUGCCCUUCUGUUGUCCUCUGACUUUAUCCAGUCUCCUAGAAUGGGGACUGAGAGGCUGGCCUUCCCCCUCCGAACUUCUACUCAACACACUCUCAGUCCUCUGCAUAUCUGCUGAUUGCCUAGCAAUGCUCUGACUGCCUCCUAACUCUCCCGCUUCUUGAGAGCUAACAGUGUCAUUUCUGGGAAAUGAUAUAUAAUGAAUUGAAGAGAAUGUUUAAAGUAACUUAAAACAACAACAACAACCAGAAGCUUUUUUAUUAGGUGUAAGAGGAACAAAAAUUCCCAAAGAACAGAAGAAAUUAUUUAUGUACGCCACAACAGCAGCCCAGGUCCUGUUAGCCCAAAGAUGGAAAGAAGAACAGUUGCCAACAAUAGAAGAAUGGCAAACAAAACUUAUGGAAUAUGCAGAAAUGGCAAAACUGAUGGCAAAACUCAGAAACUCUGACAAUGAGAAGUUUAAAAAAGAAUGGGGGAAAUUUAUUGUAUAUGUGCAGAAAUAUUGUAAACAAGUUGUUACAUUGGCAGGGUUCAAUUAAACACUUGUAAGUAGAGGAACUAGAAAAUGUCAAGCAGUAACAAUUGGAUAAAAAUGAUAACAAAAUGCAGAGAUUGAUGUAAGAUGUAAAGAACCAGUAGAAGGGGGUAGAAGGAACUCUGGAGGUUCAAAGAACCUCAAAAGAAGGCUUGUAAAAUUGAAG